AUGAUGAGUGAUAAUAAUGGUAAUAUAGAUUCUCAUGAUCAUGAUGGAUCAGUCCUUAUAAAUAGUGUCGUUAAGGAGAGUGAGAAUCCGAAUGUUGUUGAUUUUCAUGAUGAUUUAGAUCCUUACUUGGCUGCUCAAGAAAAUCGGUUAAUGAAUCUUGAAACUGUUAACCGAUUCGUGAGUGAUUCGGUUACAAGGGGAACGCUAAAUGCAGUUGAGACUGAGGCAAGAGAGAUUGUGACUUCCGAGGAAAGCGAAACCUCGCGUUCUCCUCUGAUUCCUGAUCAGGCGUGUAAGGAUGAGUAUAAGGAAAGAUUGUGGGAGCAGAAUGUGGAGUUUUGUGACAAGAAAAGUUUGUUACUUGAGAAGAAGACUAAAGAGAUUGCUGGUUUGCGCCGUGAGCUAGAGUUGAUUUCUAAGUUGCUUUCGGGUUAUGCGAAUGAAGACAUUGAUGAGGCUUUGAAGGGUAAAAAAAAUGCGGAUCAGUUGCACCGCAAAAACUUUGGAAGCAUUGGUUCAACGUCUUGGAUUUGGGAUAAAAAUGGUAAGCAGUAUUUAAGAUAUUUAUCGCACAAAGAGUUGAUCAACCACUUUAAGAAGGAGAUGAAUCAAAUGAAAAGAGAGCAUGAUUAUACAAUACAAGAGAUGACUGAAGAGUACUUUAGUAUUAAGCGAAGGUGCUCGAAAUUAGAGAAGCGCGCUUCGUUUUCUUGUUUGAAGAAAGACAAAGAGUUUGAUGUCCUGCGAAAGAAGAUCUCGGAUAUCAUUUCGAAGUUGGAUAAGGUUUUAUCGGAAGAUGAGAAGUCAGUGUUUGAAGGAAAGAACAAUGCUGCUCUCAAGAGCCAAGUGGAUUCUCUGCUACUUGAAAACCGUCAGCUUGGAGAGUUGAACAAGAAUGCAUUAGAGAAAGAACAAGCUUUGAGAUCAGAGAUGGUUAAGAAGGAAAUAUUAGCUGAGAAUGAUUUGGCUGCAGAGAAAGAGAAGCUUGAGGUAGUCUUUCAACAGAUUAACACUCUGCAAUUUCUGAUUGAUCAGCAAACAGUAGUGAUUCAAGAUAAAAACAAAGAACUGAAACUUGUUUCAGCUCGCGCUGCGGAGAAAAGAGUAGGUUAUGAGAUGGAGAUAUCCGAGUUAAGACAGAAGCUUGAGUUAGCUAGAAAGAAUAUGAAGAGGCUUAAGCAUCAGUUUGUAUCGACGUUUCUGAGUCUUGCUACAUGGAGCCAAGGUUUCGACUAUCUUGAAUGUGUACUAGCAGAAAAGAUGAAAAAUACAAAUUCUAGGUUGGAAAGUAUGCAGAGCCAAUUAAGUGAUCUUGUAGAUGAACUCAAGGCGAGAGAAUCGAUGUACAAGCAACAAAUGGAGAAGAAGACUUGCGAUCUCCACAAGGCUGAAACUGAGGUUGAUCUCCUUGGCGAUGAAAUCGAAUCUCUCUUGGACCUUCUUGCAAAAAUAUACAUUGCCCUUGAUCAUUACUCUCUAAUACUCAAUCAUUACCCUGGUGUCGGUCCAAUGGACGAAUCAAAACUGGAGGCGAGAAUGUUUACCCCGAAAAGGUUAGCUUCCAACACAAGUAACUUGUCGAUAUUAGCCUCAGAUAGUCGUGCAUCUUCUCAACGUUUGAAUCCAUUAAUGCUCGCAGGUCGAAGCAUCCUGUUAAAGCAUCCUGGGAUUGUGUCUACAGUGGUGAUAGGCAUCAUUGAUGUUCGUCUUGGAGAGAUGGUCGUUGCUUGUGUCCGUUUAAAAGAGAAUUGGAUAUGGUCUAGUGUCGAAAACCGUGACCGAGAUUUCGAACUGUUUAGUGAGACACUCAAGGAUCAUUGUAGAAUACAGAAUCUAACCGCGCGCAUUCCGAAGAGAUUUGUCCCGUGGGAGAAGCAGUUUCCGAUGACAACAACUGGGAAAAGGAAAAGAUAUGAAGUUAAGAGACAAGGGCUUUUCCGUAAAUUUGCUAAAAGCUUUGUUCUUGACUCUCCCGCUUCACAUUUCCCAAAGUAUUUUAUUUUUCCAGGUCGGUCCAUCUUCUUCUCAUUUAGAAACCCUAAAAGCUUUAAAAGAAGACCCACCAUUGAAACUGGAUUUAGAUUUCUCAUUUUCUCCGGGGAAAAAACCCACACAGCUGAUUUUGGAUUUUGCUUCUUGGUUAUGAUGAGUGAUAACAAUGGUAGUUUAGAUUCUCAUGAUCAUGAUGGAUCAAUCCUUAUUAAUAGUGUCAUCAAGGAGAAUGAGAAUCCGAAUAUUGUUGAUUUUCUUGAGGAUUUAGAUCCUUACUUGGAUGAUCAAGAAAAUCGGUUAACGAGUCUUGAAACUGUGAACCGAUUCGUGAGUGAUUCGGUUACUAGAGGAAUGCUAAAUGCAGUUAAGACCGAGGCAAGAAAGAUUGUGGGUUCCGAAGAAAACAAUACCUCGCUAUCUCGUUCGAUUCUUGAUCAAGCGUGUGUGGAAAGAUUGUUGGAUCAAAAUGUAGAAUCUUGUAGCAAGAAGAAAACUAAAGAGAUUGCUGGUUUGCGCCGUGAGCUAGAGUUGAUAUAUAAGUUUCUUUCGGGUUAUGCGAAUGUGGACAUUGAUGAAACUUUGGAGAGUAAAAAUAAUGCGGAUCAGUUGCACCGCAAAAUCUUCGGAAACAUUGGUUCAACUUCAACGUCUUCAAUUUGGGAUGAAAAUGGUAAGCACAUAGAGUGUUUAAGACAUUUAUCGCACGAAGAGUUGAUCAACCACUUUAAGAACGAGAUGAAUCAAAUGAAAAGAGAGCAUGACUAUAGAAUACAAGAGGUGACUGAAGAGUACUUUAGCAUUAAGAGAAGGUGUUUGAAUUUAGAGAAGCGCGGUUCGUUUUCUUGUUUGAAGAAGGACAAAGAGUUUGAUGUCCUGCGAAAGAAGAUCCCGGAUAUCAUUUCGAAGUUGGAUAAGGUUUUAUCGGAAGAUGAGAAGUCGGUGUUUGAAGGAAAGAACAAUGCUGCUCUCAAGAGCCAAGUGGAUUCUCUGCUACUUGAAAACCGUCAGCUUGGAGAGUUGAACAAGAAUGCAUUAGAGAAAGAACAAGCUUUGAGAUCAGAGAUGGUUGAGAAGGAAAGAUUAAAAGAGGAGAUUUAUUGGCUGGAUUCUCUUGCCAAGGAGAAGGAGAAUUUGGUUCAGAUAGCUGAGAAUGCUUUAGAUACAGAGAAAGAGAAGCUUGAGGUAGUCUUUCAACAGAUUAACACUCUGCAAUUUCAGAUUGAUCAGCAAACAGUAGUGAUUCAAGAUAAAAACAAAGAACUGAAACUUGUUUCAGCUCGUGCUGCGGAGAAAAGAGUAGGUUAUGAGAUGGAGAUAUCCGAGUUAAGACAGAAGCUUGAGUUAGCUAGAAAGAAUAUGAAGAUAACUGAAAAUGAGAAAGUGAAGUUUGAGCUGAAACUAUCAUUAACAGAGGCAGAGCAAAAGAGGCUUAAGCAUCAGUUUGUAUCGACAUUUCUGAGUCUUGCUACAUGGAGCCAAGGUUUCGACUAUCUUGAAUGUGUACUAGCAGAAAAGAUGAAAAAGACAAAUUCUAGGUUGGAAAGUAUGCAGAGCCAAUUAAGUGAUCUUUUAGAUGAAGUUGAUGAACUCAAGGCGAGAGAAUCAAUGUAUAAGCAACAAAUGGAGAAGAAGACUUGCGAUCUCCACACGGCUGAAGCUGAGGUUGAUCUCCUUGGCGAUGAUAUCGAAUUUCACUUGGACCUUCUUGCGAAAAUAUAUAUUGCCCUUGAUCAUUACUCUCUAAUACUCAAGCAUUACCCUGGUAUUAUCGAGAUCUUGAAGCUUGUCCGGAGAGAAUUAAGAGGAGAAUCAAGGAGAUUAUCAGUCUUUCGACCAAGUCUUAUAUGA